CUUUACUUUCUCUCUCUUCACUCUCACUCUUUCUUUCACUCUCACUCUUUCUUUCACUCCCAAUCGCCCUCAUAAUCUUUUACUUGAUAUCCUUUAUCUUCCUUUCUUUUUUCUUUUUCCUUCUUUUCUGGCCUUUCUUAUCUCCUAUCCAUUCUGUUUAUCCUGUUUAUCCUUUCCAUAUUAAAUUUUUAAUCGUUCUGACGGCCUUUGACAUAAACCCUCGGGCUAUUAAUUUCUACAAAAGAAAAGCUGCUGCUUAGAUUGCCAUUGGACCCUUUCCAUAGACUAUGAAUAAGGUUAAACUUCCCAAUAGCGUAGCCCGAGUCCAUGCUGAUGCCAAUGAGAAGCUAGGGCGGGACUAUUGGGACUAUGAAAGUUUCUCGUUGCAGUGGGGGAUUCAGGAUAAUUACGAGAUUAUUCGUAAAGUUGGUCGAGGCAAGUACUCUGAGGUCUUUGAAGGCAUCGACAUCACUACAGGAGAGAAACGCUGUAUCAAAGUCCUCAAACCCAUCAAAAAGAAAAAAAUCAAGCGUGAGAUCAAAAUUUUGGAAAAUCUCCAUAGUGGACCUAAUAUUAUUCGAUUACUUGACGUAGUUCGCGAUCCACAGGCUAAAACACCUUCUUUGAUAUUUGAGUAUAUUGAGAACGACGAUUUCAGGACACUCUACCCUAAAUUUCGGGAUUUUGAUGUGCGAUAUUAUAUGAUGGAGCUCUUAAAGGCUUUAGAAUAUUGUCAUUCUAUGGGCAUCAUGCACCGAGACCUCAAACCCCAUAAUGUCAUGAUUGAUCAUCGAAAGAGAAAACUUAGACUGAUUGACUGGGGUCUUGCAGAGUUUUACCAUCCAGGGACUCUAUACAAUGUUCGUGUUGCAUCUCGCUACUGGAAAGGACCUGAGCUGUUAGUGGAUCUGCAGGAUUAUGACUAUUCACUCGAUAUGUGGAGCCUUGGUGCCAUGCUUGCAGGGCUGAUCUUUCAAAAAGAGCCGUUUUUCCGAGGAUCUGAUAACAAUGACCAACUUGUCAAGAUUGCAGAAGUAUUAGGAUCGGAAGAGCUGUUCAAAUACUUGGACAAAUAUGCAUUGGAGCUGGAGGAAAAUCAUGAAGCCCUCAAUGAGUACCUUCCUCGAUCACCAUGGCAGACCUUUAUCACGCCAGAGAAUCAGCAUCUUGUUUCGAGGGAUGCACUGGAUCUGCUAGACAAACUUCUUCGAUAUGAUCACCAAGAGCGACUGACGGCGUCAGAGGCAAUGGAGCAUUCAUACUUUGAUCCUGUUAAGGCUAGAGCCAACUUAGCGGUAGAGGGAUCAUUGACGACGACUGAUUCAUCUGAUGCAGAAGACUGGAGCGAGUUGCUUUCUUGACAAAUCAUUACAAAAAAAAAAGAAAAAGAGGAAGAAGAGGGGAAGAUGAAUGUAUGAAUGUAAAAUAGCAUUGUGUACUGUAGUAACUAAUGACUGAC